AUGUGGCUCUACAUGAGUAUAUUGGAGGAUGUUGUUGAGUUUUGGAUCUUCCCUCAUCCUCAGUCCAGCCUGACCAAUCAUCACUCCCUUCAAGCCAGACAGGUCACUGAGGACUUCUUCCCAGAAUUAAAACAACGAAGUAUGUUUCCUUUGGGGAAAACAUCUUCUCUUCUUUGGACCAACAAUGCUAACCUUAAUAAUGGGUAUGAAACUACAAGAUAUAGUAGGAAGAAGAAAAUGGACCACAUCAAAAGACCCAUGAAUGCGUUCAUGGUGUGGUCUCGCGAUCAAAGACGUAAGAUAGCUCUACAAAAUCCCCAAAUUCAAAAUUCAGAGAUCAGCAAACAGCUGGGAUACCAGUGGAAAAUGCUUACAGACAUCGAAAAAUGGCCAUUCUUUCAGGAAGCACAGAGACUACAGGCAGAGCACCGAGAGAAAUAUCCAGACUAUAAAUACCAACCUCGUAGAAAGGCCAAGAGACUACAAAAAGAUGAGAAAGCAUUGCUUUCAAACUGCUCUUCCAUGCUGUGCAACCAGGUGUAUAUGAAUCAGAAGUCUAUUUUCACUUAUAGGGAAGAUUACAGUUAUAUUGCACAGCCACAAAUGGAGAAACAGUUAAACAUUUCAAAAGGUUUAACUAUAUCUAGUUCUCUACUGCAACAGGAGCUUCCGAGUUUCUGGACAAGUUUACAGGUUGAUCAGGAUAUCAAAUCAACCUGGUGCAAGUUGGUGUCAGACUGGUAUUAUGAACUCCUCUGGGAGUUUGGUUCCUGGUGCUGUGCAGGGAUUUGUGACUAUCCUACAGCAUGGGAUCUGCACUUUGGGGCUGGAUGGUCGCUGUUCAGUCACAUGGAGUCUAAGUCCAUGGAGACCACAUGA